AUGUAGAGGAAACUGGAAAAGAAGAAAACGAAUUAGUGGAAGAAACAAAAGCAGCAGCAGAGAAGAGAAAUGUGGACCGUGUGAAUGUAAAUUUUACAGGAUCCAGUUUACAGUUGACAAACAACGAGAAACAUGAAAAUAUUGAAGAUGAUGACAGUUCAAAUUUGAAAAAGAUCAACUUUCAGCAAGUUGAAGAAAUUAUAGAGCAACAUGUUUCAGUCGAACCAAACCCGGAGAGUACAGAAAAAGAAGCAAGGGACUUGGAGACGGUAACAGAGGCUUUCAAUGAAAAAGAAAGCAUAACCAGUUUCAAACCCAUUGAAGAGGAAAUCAGAGAAAUGGCCUUUAACGAAGGGAAAAAAGAAUCAGAUCAGCCCUCUAAUCCAGCCAGUCAAGAAAAGGGUCCUGAUGCAGAUCGGUCAUCCGCUGCUGGUGCGACAGACAGCACAGGAGAUGGCUUUACAUUACCAGAGUCAGAAAGUCCAUCAAUACAGAAUGAUGAGUUAAAGAUCGGAAAAAGUGUAAAUCUCGAUAUGAAGGAGAUAUCUGUCUUACCAGCAACAGACAUAUCAAGUAUACAUGAAACUGAACCUGGAAAAGAAGAGAAGCUCAAAAAGGACUCUACUACUGCAGUUGAUGAAAAAGGUCAAGGUACAGUAGAAUCAAGUUUGAUUAUGAGAUCUUUGUCUCAGGUAGAAAAUGAUAUCCAAGAUAAGAACUUAGAGACACAAAGAAUACCUGACCAGCAAGUUGAGCCAACUAUAGAAGAAGCUUCAGUUGAGGAAAGAUCAAAGAGUACUGGCCAAGAAGCGAGUGACUUGCAGAAAAACGGGAAAGAAAAAGUGAUGGAUGAAAACACUGAUGUAGACCCCAACAACAUUGAAGCUACCUCAGGCAAAAAGGAAUUGGCUUCAAUUGAUAUGAUUGAUCCUGCAGUAGAUAACUUGAAGGAAGAUGAGACUUUGGCAGGUGAAGAGAAGUGUCCUGAAGCCAUCAAACAAAGUGACAGAGUUGGACAUGAAGAUGGUAACAAAGAGAAAGCCCUUUAUGAUAGCACCAUAGAUGGGCUGACAUUAACAGCAUCAGAAAAUCCUUACACUCAGAAUGAUGAAGAAGCAAAGUUAGAAAUCAGUGAAAAUGAAAAGGUAGAGACAGAUGAGCUACCUAUCAAACAGCCAGCAGUUGCAUCAAGUACACAUGAAACAGGAACUGAAGAAAGUGAGAAGCUCAAAGAGGUCUCUAGUAUAACAAGCAAUGAGAAAGAAAAAUACAAAGUUGAAUCAAAUAUACCAACAAGGUCCAUGUCUCAAGUUGAAGACAAGAAACAAGAUAUGAAAGACUUAGAUGCUUCUGCUGUCAAAGAAACAGAGGAGAUAUGCUUGCAAGGAGAAAAGAGUCUUGACAUCAUCCACUCUAUACCUGAAAUCUCGACAAUUUAUCAGGAGACCAAAGAAGAACCUGAAGAUCAAAGGGAAGUUCUUAAGGAAAUUGACCAAGCAAAUUCCACUUCAAGCAGGAAAGAUAGAGAAGAUGAAGAUACUGAGCAAAAAAUCAAACACUCAUUAGAGAACCAGGAUAAUGUCCAGACGGCAAGCAACGAGCUUCCUGCGACAGAGCCCUCACAGGAGAAAAAGGAUGACAAGAGAUCUGCUUUUGUAAUGGAUAAAGAAAACAUCAAUAGUACACAGAUUUUUGAUAAUGUAGAACACAGCCAAAGACAUACUGAAAAAGAGAACAUCCCUGGAAAUGAGAAGCUUAAAAAUUCAAGUAUGGUUUCUGAGGAAAUUGCUGAUGCAGCUGCGUCAGACGAAGAUGCCAAAAAGAUUACAUGCAUCAUAGAGGACACACCAACAAAAAUCCACGAAGAAAGCAUCGAAGGGAAAGGGAAGGAAGAUGCUUCAGCCUUCAUAGAUGCAGUUGAUGGACAUACAACUCUGGAAGAUGAGAACUUCCCACAGAUUGAGAAGACUGAAAUAAUAGAAGUGGUGCAAAAAGGAGAAGAACCAGAUGAAGUUGCUAACUCUGAACCAGGAGAAGUUCAUGAUGCAAAUGAAGUCUCCCAAAUAGAGGAAAAGCACGUAAGAGAUAUGUCUGAAGAAUGCCACAGAGAAAUUAGCGGAAUCUCAGAGCAGACAUAUACAGAAAGUGAAGUAGCAAAGGGAUUAAACUUCGAAAAAAUUGCAAUUGAAAUGGAAAAACCCCAAGAGACUUACGGAUUGAACUCGAAAGAAAAAUCAGGGAGCAAGGAAGCUGAGGAGAGCAUAGAAGAGACACAGAAGGAAGAAGCUUGUAAUACAGAGAUCGAUUCAAUCACAAAAGGAACAGAAAACACCGAAAGAUGUGAAGAGAACUUUCAGGUCAACAGUCAUCUAGAGGAAAUGCCAGUAGUGAGCAGCAAAGAAACGAGUUACAAAGCUGAUGAUAUUGAUGAGACUAACAGUGAAGAAAAGGAGGGGCAAGAUGGAAACAAGAGUGUUGGCAAUCUGGAGAUCACAAUGGAGCCAUCACAUGAACUUAUCCAAGAAGAAAAAGAUGAGACACCCAAAAACAAAGAAAACGAUACAGAAACACCAGAAGGUGUAAUCAAGGAAAAUGAAGAAGAUGAAAGAGAAACAGAGAAGUCCAAAAUAGAGAAGAUUGAGACAGGGGAAACAAGUGAGAGCAUUUCAAAUGAGACUAAUCAAACUGUUGAAAGCUCAAAGAGUACUGACCUAGAAGCAAGUGACUUGCAAAAGAAUGAGAAAGAAGAGGAAGCGAUCAAGGAAAAUACAGAUACUGCACUCAACAAACAAGAUCUCAGUAUUUCUGAAGCUUUCUCAGGCACCGAAGAGCCUUCAACUCAUACACAUGAUCUUGAUGUAGACAGCUUGAAGGAAGAUGAUGGAGCAGUAACAGAGGACCCUGAUAAAAAUGAAAAUAUUGUCAAUGCCAAACCAACAGGAGAUGAAGCUGGUAAAAUACCUUUUAAAGAAGUUGAAGAGAAAGAAUCAGAUUCUUCAAUUUUGGCAGGCGAAGAAAGUGGUCCUGAAGCCAUAAAACAUAGUGAAAAGAUGGGAGAUGAAGAAGAUAACGAAAAGAAAACCAUUAAUGAUAGCACUGGAGAUGGCUUGACCUCAACAUCAUCAGAAACUCCAGACACUCACAAUGGUGAAAAAGCAAAGUUAGAAAUCAGUAAUAAGGUAGAGCUAGAUGAGCUAUCUGUCAGACAGGCAGUAGCUGUGUCAAGUACACAUGAAACUGGACCUGAAGAAGGUGAGAAGUUCAUAGAGGUCUCUUGUACUGCAAAUAGCGAGAAGGAACAAUAUGAAAUGGAAUCAAGUGUAGCAACAAUAUCUCUGUCUCAAGUUGAAGCUGGGAAGGAAGAGAUGAACAAUUUAGAUGUUUCUGUUGUCAAAGAUACAGAGGAGAUAUGCCUGCAAGAAGAGAAGAUGCUUGACAUCGUCCGUUCUAUACCUGAAAUCUCAGUAGUUGAUCAAGAUAGUAAAGAAGUUGAACAAAUUCUUAAGGGAAUUGACCAAACCAAUUUCACUUCAAGUGGAAAAGAGAGAAACAAAGAAGGUACCGAACAAAACAUUAAAGACUCAUUUGAGAAGCAGAUCAGCAUGCAGACAGUAGGCAAUGAACUCCCUAUAACAGAGGCAUCAGAGGAGAAAAAGUAUGAUGGAAGAUCCACUGCCGUAAUGGUUGAAGAAAACAUUUACAGCGAACAGAUUACUGAUGUUGUAGAACAUAGAGAUAUAGAUACUGAAAGCCACAACAAAUUUCCUGAAAAUGAGAAGCUUGAAAUAUCUUCGAGUACGAUUUCUGAGGAAACUCCUGACGUGGCUGCUUCAAGUGAAGAUGUCAAAAAGGGUACAUGCAUCAUAGAGGAGACAAUAACUGAAAUUCAUGAAGAAAGCAUUGAAGGGAAAGAGAAGAAAGCUAUUUCCGCCUUCCCAGAUGCAGUUGAUGAACAUAAACUUCUGGAUGAGAAGAACUCCCCACUGACUGAGAAGAAUGAAACAAGAGUGCUAACAAAAGGAGAAAAACCAGAUGAAGUCACUUAUUCUCAACCAGAAGUUCAGGAAGCAAAUGUAGUCUCCCAGGAAUAUGGAAAGCACAUAGAUGACACAUCUGAUGAAUGUCAGAUCAAAGAUAGGAGAAUGUCAGAGAAGACACUAACAGAAAGUGAAGUAGACUCAGAAACAAUUGCAAUGGAAAUAGAAAAACCCCAAGAGACUAGUAAAUGGAACUCAGAAGAAAAAUCAGAGAACAAGGAAGCUGAGGUGAACAUAGAAGUGACACAGAAGGAGGAAGAAGCUUGUGAUGCAGAGACUCAGAUAAUCCCAACAGAGAAAACGCAGGCGCAAGAUGAAAACAAGAGCACUGGCAAUCUGCAAGUCAAAAUGGAGAAAUCACAUGAAUCAAUCAAGGCAGAAGUAGAUAAGAUAUAUGAAAAAAUUGAAAACAACGAAGAAACACCAAAAGAUCUAAUAAAGGAGAAUCGAGAAGAUGAAAAGGAAAUAGAGAAGUUGAAAAUCGAGACUGAGACAGUGGAAAUAAGUGAAACAAGUAAGAGCACGGCACACGAGAUAAAUCAAACUGUUGAAAGCCUUGAAGAAACACUUUGUACAUCUGUUGGAAAGGAGGAGGAAAGUUUACAAACUCAAUCUGAGAACCAAAAAGAGGGUUUUCAAAUGGAGAAAAACAAGAGCUCUUCUACCAUACUGGCUGAAGAAGAAAGCACCUUGAUUGGACUGGUUGAGCCCAAAGAAGAUAACAAAAUUAAGACAUCAAGACAUGAAGAAGAUUCAAAGCAGAUUCACUUUGGAAGUGAAGGAGGACAACAAUCACCAGAUGUGAUGGUUGUAGCGAUUCAGACAAAUGUCGAGCAAAUUCCCAGCCUAAAGGAACAGGGAAACAGAGAAGAGAAUACAAAAAAUGAAGAACUAGAAGAGGUGUAUGAAGGUUGUAAGGUAAUUGGCAAAGAGGAAGACACAGGAAAACCAUUAAUGAAGGAACACAGUAACACAGACACCUCAUCUAAAUCUACUGAAAAUGAAACAACUGAGAGCUCGGAAGACUAUAAAAAGGAAGAAGAGAUGUCUGGAAAAGAGCCACAUGAAGAACAUGAAGGGACUGGUAUAGAUAAGGAUGCAGAAGAACAAAUGUCAGAGGAAAGCAUAAGAAAGGAUGAAUCCACAGUGCUCAAAGAAGUCAAGAAAGUAGAACAGAACACUGAAUAUGAAACAACUGCCGCGAAGCCACCCAAACAAGAGAAAAUGGAUGAGGGUAUGGACAACUUUGAGGUAUCUGUGAGAGAAACAGACCAAGAGGACUUCUUGAAAAUGGAAACUGACGAAACAGAACUCAACAAACAGGUCAGUAGCCCAGACUUAGAGUUACUGGACAAGACUGAGGAAACAGGUCUUAUAGAGGAGACCUUAAAGAGCAGGCAACAGCCCAGUGAUGACCCCUAUCUUCCAGAUAUUGCAAAUGCACCAGAAGAAACAACAGAAGAACUUAAUGGAGACAAUAUCAAAAACAACUCCUUCGUGCCAGAGCUUUCUCAAAGGGACACUAUAGCAGAAACUUCAGUACAAGAAGACACUACCACAACCUAUUUUCAGUCUGCAGUCGCUACUACCACUACCAAUUUUGAGUCUGCAGUUGUUGCAAUGGUAACAGAAGAAAAAGACUCAAAAGAUACUGAAACAGAAUUCAAAAAGCAGGUGGAAAGUAGUGGUCAGCCUGUUGAAGAGAAGUGUCAAGCAAUAGUGGGAACCAAAAGGUCCAUAUUCAGUAAUAUCAACUUGAGAGAUGACACUGGUAAUUUAGAUGAGAAACAAAAGAUAGAGAUUCCACCCGUUGUAGAUGAUGCUCGAGAGAGUACAGAGUGUGAAUUGCAAUUAGAAAUUCCUAAUUCAGGAACAGAAAGUCAAAAAGAGGUGAUAACCAGUGAGAACCCCUUGAAAGAAUACUCUAUAGUACGAUCAGAGGAACAGGAGCCCCUGCAGUCUGAAUCAGAGAUAGGUGAAAUUGGGGAAUCAGGCUAUAGUACUCGGGAUAAAGAAGGUAAAAAGGAGACACAAGAGGAAAAAGAUCCGGAAGUGGAGGGAAUCAUCUUACCUGAAGAGGUAGGCGAAGGAGUUCCUACAGCAGAUGAAGAUGAAAAUAUCAAAGAACAAGUGGUGGAGAACAAAAGUCACACGGAUGAACUUCAUACAGCCUCAACUAGAGAUGAAACAAAUGAUGAGGUGAAAGAACAAUGCCCUGAGUACAGUGUUGAAGCGGCAGAAUCCAAUGAACAAGAAACCAAAGUCGCAGAGGUUGAAGAAGAUCCAACCAAGGACAGAGAAACAUCCAUUACAAAGGAGUCAAAAAAUGAAGUACAGGACAAAGGUCCUGAGACCAAACCAGAAGAGAAAUCAGAAGAAAAGGUUGAAAAUAAACAGGAAACACAAGAUUUUUACAAUAGAAGUGAUGCUGCAACUGUGGAAACAGCAACAGCAGAGACAAGUCCAGAGGAAGCUCUGAUAGGUAUCAAGGUUCUGGAUGGAUUAAAUAUUUGCUCAGAUGAGACUAAUCCAGAAACAACAAAUACUGAGACAAGUGAACUGACCGAACUGAGUAAGGAAGUCGAAAUUGAAAAACCCCUCUACAAGUUAGCAUCUGAAUCACCAACUGAUGAUCCUGAGACUGUGGAGACAGAGAUGGUGACUAUUUACAAUCAAAAUGCCCAUGAAGCUGAGGAAACCAAAAUUGCUGCUGAAGUGGUUUACCCCUCCAAAGAACUGAACACUGGAGAAACUGAUGGAACACAGACAAGCCCAACAGUGAUCAGGCCAGACCAAUUACCAACCAAUUAUGAUGAAUAUGUGAAGGAAGCAACUACUAGCCUGGAAAAUCCAGAUGUAGAUGAGCUCGUGAGAACCAAGUUAGUUGCUGAUACAGUGAAUGAGUUCAAGGAUCAGGUCAUUGGGGAAAGCUCAGUGGUACAAAAGCUGGACGUUGAUGAUGAUAUAGAAGUGGAAGAUUCCAAAACAGUAUUUCACCAUGAACAUGAAGGUGGUGAAACUGAUGCCCACGCUCUUUCAACGGAAAAAUCAGCAGAGUGUAUUGAAAAUCCGUCCUCUAAACUGCCUUUAGAGGAUGAGGAAUUGGAGAGAACUAUAACUAUAGUUUCCAAAAAGGAAGAAGAGAAACCAAUGGAAGUGGAAAUUCCAGAAAAUGUAGGUCAAGCAGCUCCUUCAGAUGAAAAGACAAGUGAAAAGAUAUGUUUAGAAAAGGAACAAACAAGAGAGCUAGGAACAGUUGAUGAAGAAAAAAGUGCUGCCAAUCAGAAUCUUGCAGCAGAGCCAUCAGAAGAGAUAUGCUCGCAAGAGGAACAGACAGAAGAGGUACGCUUGCCAAAGGAACAGGCCAAAAAGCUUACUGAAGUUAAUGAAGAAAGUCCUUCCAGUCAGAUGCUCUCUGUAGAAAUACCAGAUAAGCAAGUUGAGAGACCAUACUCUGCAUUACCUUCUGAGAAACAGGAGCAGAGAACAGCAACUGAAGUAGAGAACAUAGAAGAUAAGAAAGCAAAGGAAGUAGAGAUGGCAGAGGAUGAACAUGCAGAAGGUUUUGGCACUUCAAAGACAAUACCAGACAUACACCUGCAAGAGGGAGAGCAGAAAGAAAUUGAAGUUUCUAAAACAGACAUAAAUACUGCUGAUCAGACUCUCCCAGCAGGGACACUAGAGCAUCAACUUCAGACUCCAUCUUCUGCAUCACCUUCCGAUGAACAACAGCUGAAAACUAGAACUAUACCUAAUGAAAUAGAAACGGAGAAAAUAGAAGAAGUAAAUUUGCCAGAAAAUGAGACUCAAGAUAAUUCUUACAAGGCAGAGUCGACAAAAGAGAUACUCUUGCAAAAUGUCGAGGUUAAAUUCCUUGAAGCUGACAAAGAAGAUGAAAGUACAGAUGGAAAGGCUCCUCCAGAGAAAAAAUUAGAAGUGCAACUUCAAACUCCAUCCUCCACAUUGCCUCCUGUGGAACAAGGACAGAAACCUACAACCAAAGUUGAGAAGAUAGAAGAAGAGGAAAAGAGCGAAGGCAAUGAAAACCAUCAAGCUAUUGUCAGUUUGAAGACAACAGAAGAGUUUUCUCUGCAAGAAGAAGCCAGAGAUCUUGAAGGUGCUAAUAAAAAUGAAAUUGCUGGUGAUAAGUAUCUCCAAGCAGAGAAAUCAGAGGAAUCAAAUAUGCCAGAAAAUGUCAGUCUAAAUGAUUCUUUUGUUGCAAAGGUGGCAGAAGAGAUCUUCUUGCAAAAGGAGGAGCUCAAGGAUCUUCAAACUGUUAAAGAAGAUGAAAGCACAGACAAAGAGGCUCUCCAAGAAGAAACAUCAGAUAUGAAACUUCAGAAUGCACCCUCACCAUCACCUACUAAGGAAGGGGAAAGCGAAAUUGAGAGGACAGGAAGUGGUGAAAGUAAAGAACAAAGAAUGGUAGAAAAUAAGAGCCAUCAAGUUCUUGAGUUCUCUGUGAAAAAAGAAGAGGUCGCAGAUCUUGGAGCUGCUAAAGAAAAUGAAUGUGCUGCUGAGAACACUCUCCUAGAAGAGACAUCUGCUGAAGCACAUAUGCCAACAAAUGAAGGUCUAAUAGAUUCUUUUGUUUCAAACACAACAAAUGAAACACUCUUGCAAAUGAAAGAGCUCAAGGAUCUUGAAGCUGUUAAAGACGAUGAAAGUGCAGCGAAGCCUGAACAGUCUCUCCCAGAGGAAGCACCAGACGUGCAACUUCAAACUCCAUCAUCCACAUUGUCAAAGAAGGAACAGGAGCAGGAAAUGACCAAGACCGAGAAAAUAGAAGAAGAAAUACUGGAAAACGAGAGUCAACAAGUUCCUGUGGCUCCAAAGACAACAGAAGAGUUUUCCUUGCAAAAAGAAGAGGCAAAAAAUCUCCGAGCUGCUGAUGAGGCUCACCAGUUAGAGAAAUCUGAGGAAGCAAAUAAGCCAAAAAAAGAGGGUCUAGUAGAUUCUUCCAUUGCAAAGGCAAGAGAAGAAGCAAUCUUGCAAAAGGAAGAGCUCAAGGAUCUUGAAGUUGUUAAAGAAGAUGAAAAUACAGCAGAACAAACUCGCCCAGAUGAAACACCGAAAAUGCAACUUCGGAUUUUAUCCUCCACAUUAGGGAAAAAGAAAAUAGAAGCUGAAGUUCUUGGAACUCCUAAUGAAAAUGAAAUUGCUGCUGAUAAGGCUCUCCAAACAGAGAAAUUGGAUGAACAAAAUAUGACCGAAAAAGAGUUAGUAGUAGAUUCUUCCAUUGCACAGGGAACGGAAGAGAUACUCUUGCAAAAAGAAGAACUUGAGGAUCUUGAAGCUGCUAAAGAAGAUGAAAGAACAGAACAGGCUCCCCCAGAGGAAACAUCAGACCUGCAACUUCAAGCUCCAUCCUCCACAUCACCUCAAAAGGAGAAAGAGCAAGAAACAAUCAAAAUUGAGAAACUACUGGAGGAAAAGAAUGAAGAAGAAAAGCUAGAAAAUAAGAGUCAUCAAGAUCUUGUGACUGUGGAGACAAGAAAAGUGUUCUCCCAGCAAAAAGAAGAGACCACAGACCUCGAAGUAACCGAUGAUGCUCUCCAGGCAGAAACAAAGGAAGCAAAUAUACCAGAGAAUAAAGAUCUACUAGAUUCUUUUGUAGCAAAGGAAACAGAGAAGAAACUUUUGGAACGAGAAGAGCUCAAGCACCCCGAAUCCGCUAGAGAAGAUGAAAGUACAGUCAAACAGGUUAUCCUAGAGGAAGCAUCAGAGCUGCAACUUCAGACCCCAUCUUCUUCAUCAGCUUCCAUGGAACAGGAGCAGAAAACUACAACUGUAGUUAAGCAAAGAGAAGGAGAGGAAAGAAAGUCAGAAGAUAUGCUAGAGACUGAGAAUCAUCAAGUUCCAGUGAGUGCAAAGACAAUAACAGAGUUCUUCCUGCAAAAAGAGGUCACGGAUUUAGGAGCUGCUGGUGAAAUCGAGGGUGCAGCUGAUGAUGCUUCUCAAACAGAGAAAUCUGAUAUUGCAAACAAGCCAGAGAUAGGGGUUCUACUAAAUUCUUUUAUCACAAAGGAAACAGAAGAGAUACUCUUCCAAAAGGAAGAUCUCACAGAUCUUGAAUCUGCUAAAGAAGAUGAAAGCAAAACAUUAGCCAGGAAAUGUGCAGCAGAACAAACUCUCACAGAAGAACCAUCAGACAUGCAACUUCAGACUCCACCCUCUACAAUAACUCUGGAAGGACAGGAGCAGAAAACUAAACCAGAAGUAGAGAAGAUAAAAGAAGAGGGGAAGAAGGAAGAAGGAAUUAUAGAAAAUAAGAGUGAUCAAGCUGCUGUGAAGACAACAGAAGGUACCUCUCUGCCAAAAGCAGAGGCCACAGAUCUUGGAGUUGCUGAUAAGGUCCUAAAAGAAGAAAAAUCUAAGGAAGCAAAUAGGUUAAAAAAUGGAAGUUCAGAAGAUUCUUUCAUCACAAAUGCAACGGAGAAGAUAAUCUUGCAAAAGGAAGAAGCCAUGGAUCUUGGUACUGAUAAAAUAGAUGAAAGUAUCAAAAAACAGGCUCUCCCAGAAGAAAUGCUAGACAUACAACUUGAAAUUCUGGCCUCAGUAUUGCCUCCAAAGGACCAGGAGAAGGAAACCAUUACUGAAGUUGAGAGGAUAGAAAAAGACAAAGGAAAAGAAGAAGAAAUACUGGGAGGUGAGAGUCGUGAACUUUCUAUUGCCGUGGAGACAAGAGAAGAGCUUUAUCUGCAAAAGGAACAGCAAACAUAUCCCGGACCUGUUGAGGAAAUCAAAAGCUAUGCUAGUCAGGCUGUCAUAGCAGGGCAAUCAGAAAAGCAGGUUCAGACUCCAGCAUCUGCAUUGCCUUCUGGGGAACAGCAACAAGGACUUUUAAAGUACAACCAAGAAUAUAGAAGAAACUAUACCAAUGAAAGAAGAAAUGGUAAGAAAUGAACCUCAAGAAGAUCCUUUUGCUGCAAGCACAACAGAAAAGAUAUGUGGGCACGAGGAAGAGCCCACAGAGCUUGAAGUUGCUACAGAAGAGUCCAGAGAGCUUAAUAUCUCCAUCUCAAGCAUUGAAGUCAGCAAAGACAUACAUGAGAGUCCAUCUGAAGUACACGAGGAAAAAGAAAGGACCCAAGAUGGUGAUUCAAAAUUACAGGUUGAGGAGAGUGAAAAAGAAACAAACUAUUUUGCUUCUCCAUUAGAAAGUGACAAGACAAGGGAACUACCAAGAGAACUUGAGAAACCUUCCCAUCUCGAAGUUGAACCAAGCAAAAAGGUUGUUGAGUUUGAGUCAUCAGAAAAUGCUGAAAUCGAGGAAAACCAAAA